GUUCUUCACGCCGACGACAAGGUUCCUCACGCUGAGAACAAGGUUCUUCCCGCUGAGGAGAAGGUUCUUCACGCUGAGGACAAGGUUCUUCACGCUGAGGACAGGGGUCUUCACGCUGAGGACAAGGUUCUUCACGCUGAGAACAAGGGUCUUCACGUGGAGGACAAGUUUGUUCACGGCGAGGACAAGGUUCCUCGCGCUCAGGACAAAGUUCUUCAAGCUGAGGACAAGGUUCCUCACGCUGAGGACAAGGUUCUUCACGCGGAGGACAAAGUUCCUCACGCUGAGGACAAGGUUCUUCGCGGUGAGGACAAGGUUCUUCACGCCGAGGACAAACUUCCUCACGCUGAGAACAAGGUUCCUCACGCUGAGGACAAGGUUCCUCACGCUGAGGACAAGGUUCUCACGCUGAGGAGAAGGUUCUUCACGCCGAGGACAAGGUUCCUCACGCUGAGAACAAGGGUCUUCACGUGGAAGACAAGGUUGUUCACGCCGAGGACAAGGUUCCUAGCGCUGAGGACAAAGUUCUUCAAGCUGAGGACAAGGUUCCUCACGUUGAGGACAAGGUUCUUCACGCGGAGGACAAGGUUCCCCUCGCUGAGGACAAGGUUCUUCGCGGUGAGGACAAGGUUUUUCACGCUGGGAACAAGGGUCUUCACGUGGAGGACAAGGUUGUUCACGCCGAGGACAAGGUUCCUCGCGCUGAGGACAAAGUUCUUCAAGCUGAGGACAAGGUUCCUCAUGCUGAGGACAAGGUUUCUCAUGCUGAAGACGAGGUUCCUCAUGCUGAGGACAAGGUUCCUGACGCUGAGGACAAGUUUCCUCACUCUGAGCACAAGGUUCUUCACGCUGAGGACAAGGUUCGUCACCUUAGAACAGGAUUCAUCACGCUGAGGAAAAGGUUCGUCACGCUGAGGACAAGGUUCCUGAUGCUGAGAACAAGGUUCUUCACGUGGACGACAAGGUUUGUCACGCUGAGGACAAAGUUCUUCUUUAAAAAAAUUAUAUUUUGUAUGGAGUGAGAGGAAGGGCGCAUGACUGGUUUAGGUCCUAUCUGUCUAAUCGUACCCAGUAUUGUCAAGUUAAUGGCGAACUGUCUGAACCACGAACAAUAAUUACUGGUAUUCCGCAGGGCUCAAUUCUUGGACCCUUACUCUUUCUUGUUUACAUAAAUGACUUGCCAAAUUGCUUAAAAAGUGCGGAUUGUGACAUGUUUGCCGAUGAUACUCAAUUAGGAACGGCAAAUAAGGAUGUCAAAGUAAUUUUUGAAACGUUAAAUGAUGACCUAGCAAAUAUUUCAGUUUGGAUGGCGGCCAACAAGCUGAGCCUGAACAAAAGCAAAACUGAAUAUAUGUUUAUUGGAUCACAUCAAAAACUUAAACAGUGUAACUCCGAAUUGCAAAUAAAAAUUGGAGAUACACCUAUUCAACGAGUAACCGUUACUAAAUCACUGGGUAUGAUGGUAGAUGAGACCUUAACCUAG